AUCUCAGUCGUACAGAUGUGUGACAUUUCUAGAUGAUGGGAUAAUGUCUGGUGAUAGUUUGAAUAGUGCAAGAAGCAUUGGGCUAGCUAUCAAGAGUGACCUGAUUAAAUCCGGUUUUGUACCGAAGGUUGAGAAGUCGUUAUGGGAGCCAAGUCAAGUUGUCGAGUGGCUGGGUCUUGUCAUUGAUACCAGAGUUAUGAUGUUGUCCAUUCCUACACGGAGGCUGGACAAGCUACUGUCGUCUGUCCGAUAUCUGUUAGAUCAUCCAGAUGUCUUUGAGAUUGCGUACGCUGAUGACAUUCAUAGCCUUUCAGGAUCAGGCAGAGAGUUGCAAAACAGUCCCAGCAACAGUCCCAGUGCCAGUCCCAGCAACAGUCCCAGUGACAGUCAAAGCAACAAUCAAAGUGCCAGUCCCAGCGACAGUCCCAGCAACAAACUCACCCAGCCCCAGACAAGGCGACAGUCCCAGCAACAGUCGUGCGACGCUAGUGUAUCCGAGUGUGAUUAUACUCGCAAGUGUAGUAAUGCUUGUGUAAAUCUACGCUAG